UCCACCCAUUAAAUUGAAAAAAUAUGAUUGAGUAUUUGGUGGAAACAGUGACAGAAGUUCACAUGUAGAAUCAGACAAAUGAUAUAUAGCUUCAUUGUGGAUAAACAUUUUUGAUGGUAUUGGUAAUUAUCGGUGGCGUUUUUCAGGAAGAACGUUUGAAACCGAUAACGUAUCAAAGGUAACUGCAACUCUUUUCCGUUUGUAACUGCACGCGAACUUUUUGCCAUCCACAUAUCUAAAACAGCGUUGAAUUUUAUCCGUAGCGGGCGAUAAAACAAUUUUUUUUGAUGCUUGAAUCCGGAGUCACUAAUAAAAUAUGGUUCACCUCACUGUUUUAAUUAUCCUUUACGUCCCCAUGCGUUUUUGUCACAGUACACAUUAUUUCGCUGGGGGAAAAAAUACCGAUAGAUAGCCCAUGGCACAAGAGAUACAUAUUUAGACAGAUAUUUAUAUGGUUCACCUCACUUGGCGCUUGUUUUUUAGAGAUAAAAUUAUGGCAAACCUUCUGGUGUAGGCUAACUAACAAUAUAUUUCAAUUUGAACAGAUUCCAUUACCAUAAAUAUCGGAAAUGCCAAAAUAUAAAAACAAAGUUACGAAGUGGCCAUGUGGUGUUUGCGGCUUGUCUUCUGAAAGUGAUUUUUCAAUUCUUUGUGAAAUUUGCGUCCGCUGGUAUCACACAAAAUGUGAGAGUAUAUCAGAAAAAUCUGCUGCCAAAUUAGAACAAUUGGAAAAUGCUCCAUAUAUUUGUAAACAAUGUCGAAGCGAGAGUGGAGGAGAGAUUUAUGACUAUGGAACAGCAGUAAUGAGGCUUGCCCAAAGUGCAAAAAGAUCUUAUAAGCAUUUUGUGGAAUGUACUAUUCGAGAGGAGCACUUUUUAAGGCAAAAUUUUAACAUUGAAAACAAACCAUCCACUUACUGUCAAACCACCCAUUGGUAUUCGAAAAAAAUUAUGGAUGAAAAUGGUAUAGAAAAAAACAAACGGCCAUUGGUGACUACAGGAGAUGGGAGCUGCUUAUUUAACGCAGUAUCAAUUGUUUUGACGGGCACGGAAGCCCGAGCCAUUGAACUGAGACUUAGAACAUGUGUGGAGAUGGUAAAAAACAAAAAGUUUUAUACCACUCAUCCACUCUCUGACGUAUUUAAUCUUGUGUCUCCUGACUAUGACAAAGCAUGCAAAGAUUGUGCAACUGUGGGGUGUUAUUCGUCGGCCUGGACUGUAAUGGCUUUAGCGAAUGUUGUUUGUAGAAGGAUUGAGAUGAUAUAUCCUCCCGUAAAUGGAUCAAGAGAUUUGUAUUCAGUUCUUUUGACCAAAUCUAUAAAACCACUAGUUUCAAAUUCCGAUGAUUACAUAUGGUUACUGUGGACUCGGGUAUGUGAGAGUCCAAUCGGCGAUUGGAUACCCGAUCAUUUUGUUCCCUUGGUCGAAGACCGUAAUAGGUUGUUUCACUCAACUCCUCAAAAACUUGAAAUUGCAAACCAUUGUGAAAUUCUCAGCACUAAAGAAGUGUCAAUGAUUAGACCCUCCAAUGACACUGACAGUUUUAUAGAUGUGGUGUGCAUGUCAACGCAUGGAAUUGAAACUACAGACGAAAUUAUCAAAUCAUUUAGACCUCCCGACAAAUGUGAAAACCGAGCGACAAAAAAACUUUUUGAAGAUAAUUUACAGAGCCAUUUUUCGGACCGAAAUGAAAAUACAUUCCACUAUCCAGAAGAGAACAGUUUAAAUAUGGGACGAAAUACAACUGAGGUAGUCAAAAAAAAAUCUUUAGAUUUUCAAGGCGACAUAGAUUUUAACAAUAAAGAGAGAAAACGAAAACACGAUUUCAUGCAGAAUGAAAUUGAAAUGAGCGAAGAAACUACUUCAGAAUCCCAGGAUGACACUGAUCUUCAUCCACGAAAAAUAAAGCGAAAAAAUGGAAAACCAAAUGUUGUACAUGUUAAAUCUAUCGAAGAUAAUUUGAAGAUUGCUACGGGAGAACGGGUAAUGGGCCGAUUCUUUACUCCCGAGCAAUUGUAUUUUCGAGUUACAGACCAGAGCAAAGUGUUUUCCGGGAGAAUACCUCUGGGUGGUAAGAGCAAUUACGCUUUCUUUGUAAACAAUUCGAGAGGAAUAUCCAACACGAGGAAUUUUGUUGUUGAUGACUGCGGAGUCUGGGAUAGCAAAAAGUCAGGCUCAAUCAGAUCUAUAUAUUACAUAAAAAACGGAAAAUUUUGUCAUAUCAGGCAAAAAAUGGGGAAGUACUUUAAACAGCGUGUGAAAAAUGGUGAAAAAAUGCAGGAGACCAUACACCUGGCUGACGAUGAUUUAGUGGUUCUUUACAGAUAUUAUUCAUGCUUGAGAAGAUGUCCAGAAUUCAAAAGACGAGUAUCUUGGUUUGACACCAUUCAAGGUACGAAAGUUGGUGCGUCAAAAACAGUGGUAGAGUAUAUGGGAUCACAACCAUCAACACCGUCUCACUACGCGAAUAUUCCUGGUAGAGAGUAUGUUCGCACGCCGAAACAUGUCACAGAAACAAUCGACGAAAGGUUACGUUGCAACGAACCAACCAGAAAAAUUUACCGAGAAAUGGUGUUAAAUGAUUCGACAUCGUCGCCACGCGACUUCAAACAAGUUCGCAACAGAAAAAUGAAACUCAACAAAGGAGAGAACUCUAAAAGUACAAAAUAUAAUAUUGCCGAUGAAGUUCUAGAUGUACUAAACAUGAUAAACACAAAUCCUUAUGUGAAAGAAAUUAUACUGACCCCUGAAAAACCGCCAAGUAUAAUAUUGUAUACAGGAUAUCAAUUGGCGGAUUUGCAAUCUAUAUCCAUUCAGUCAUCUGACCAAACAAUUAUAGGAGUAGAUCGAACAUUCAACAUAGCAGCAUGCUAUGCCACUACUAUUGUAUUUAAACACUACAAGGUAAUAAAAAAUGACACGGACGAUAGCCCAAUUUUUUUGGGACCUGUUUAUCUACAUUGGGAUGCAAGCUUUGAAACUUACUGCCGAUUCUUUUCGCAUUUGAGUGCUAGAUUGUCUAACUCGCAGUUUACUUCUGAAAUUCGUAUAAAUAUUGGAAGCGACAAUGAAAAAGCUCUAACGAAAGCAAUAGAUCACUGCUUUCCCAAUGCUAAUAGAUUUCUAUGUACAAAACAUCUAAAGGAAAACCUACGGCACCAUCUUCGAGAAAAAACAAUUCUGUCCUCAAAACAGAGAUCCGAAGUGUACGACUUGUUUUUUUCCGAAAACGGCGUCGUCUUUGCUGAUUCAUUAAAAACAUUCAACAAUAAAGUGGAGAUUAUAAACAAUAAGAUUGCUGAUCAUGAAGACCUGCAGAAAUAUUUAUCAGAGAAUUUUUUGCCAGCACUUAAAGAGUUUGUAAUCAAGCCGCUUAGAAUGAAACAUUUAAAAAACUGUGGACUAACAAUAAUUGUGAAAGUAUCAACAAUAUUAUAA